GCUGCAUGAUGUCCAUCUCAACAUGCUGAAAUCAGACCGAGCUUCAGCUUCAUCUGAGCAGAGAGAAAGAAUAUGAAGAUGAGAGUGCAGGAGGAGACGCUCUGUUUGAAAAGAUCUUGGAGCUGGAUGUUUGGUCCAGCUUUCAUUUCCUUUUAAUCCUCUCCUUCUCCUUUCUCAGGCUGAGCCUCAGCACGUUAUUGUGAAAGGGAUGAAUCGGUUCCGGCCGUGUGGCUGCUCCUUGAUCGUGUCCAAUGGAAGUGAGUGGCAGCAACAUGAGCAUGGUGGUGGACAACGUGUCGAUUUCGGCUCUGAUUUGGGAAACUGGGAGGACGAGUUCCCCGGUUCCUUGGAUCACAGCUGCAAACAGCACGUCUGGAGCCGAGCCGCUGGAGGUCUCCGAGGGAAGCUCUGUGCUGUGGGGCAUAGCUGUGGCCGCCCAGGCUCUCCUCCUCCUGGCCAUCUUUCUGCUCUCCAGCUUAGGAAACUCGGCCGUAGUGAUUGUGAUCAUCAAACACCGGCAGCUCAGGACGGUCACCAACGCAUUCAUCAUGUCCCUCUCACUGUCUGACUUCCUCACAGCUGUGCUCUGCUUGCCGUUCUCUUUCAUCAUGCUGUUCAGUAAGGACGGUGCUUGGCUGUUUGGUGAGCGCUUUUGCAUCGCCAACGGGUUCUUUAACACCUGCUUUGGGAUCAUCUCCACCCUCACCAUGACGCUCAUCUCCUUCGAUCGGUAUUACGCCAUUGUCAGGCAACCGCAGGAGAAGAUUGGGAGGAAGAAGGCUAUCCAGCUGCUGGUGGCCGUCUGGCUGUCAGCGGUGAUUUUCUCUUUUCCGUGGUAUCUCCUCCUACGGACAUCGGAACACCUUGUUGUUCACAAGCACGGAUUUUACCACUGCAUGUACGUUUUCCACUCCGGGACGUCCCGCAUGGGCACGGUCUACAGCGUGUCCCUAAUCAUUGUGUGCUACCUCCUUCCAUUCGCACUGAUGUGCUUCUGCCACUACAACAUCUGCAAAACGGUGCGUCUCUCCGAGAUCCGGGUACGACCCGUCACCACGUACGCGCACCUGCUCCGCUUCUACAGUGAGAUGAGGACGGCUACGACCGUUCUGAUCAUGAUCGUCUUCAUCAUCUUCUGCUGGGGUCCGUACUGCCUCAUGGGGAUUGUCACGGCGAUCGGAGAUUACACCUUCAACCCGGCCAUGGACGCCGUGGCCGUGUGUAUGGCAUGGGCAAAUGGAGCUAUCAACCCUCUCAUUUACGCCAUGAGGAACCCCAACAUCUCCAUGCUGCUGGGUCGCAGCCGUGAGGAAGGAUACAGGACUAGAAACAUGGCUGCUUAUCUGUCUGCUCAGACUCGCACACGCAGAAGAACGGCGUCACGUUCGCACGCAAUACGUGAGCGAUACAUAACAGGGACGCGUGCCGGUGGAAACAGUCGAGUGUCAUCCUCGAGCCCGGCCAAUGGCGGAGAGGUGGCCAUGUGGGCCUGCAAGAAUCCAGCUGUGUUCUUCUGCACAGAUGCACAUCUGGACACGGCCACCGAGCUCGGACAAGAACCGAAACACGACACGGCGAAUACCAGUCUCUGAUUUUUUUCUUUAUUUCCGAAUGACUCGUUGGGUUUAUAAACAGUAGACUGGGUUAUAAAUGUCUUGAUUAAUGUUUACGACAUUUUUAAAUGUGCCAAACUCGACACCAGGGGGCGUGUGACCGCGCCACAACACUGUGGAUGAAAUAAAAAAGAUUUUGGCCUACAGCUAUUUAUCGUGGGGGAGACGUGGGACAGUCUUAACACUUUUCUCUUUUUUUAUUAUUACCACCUUAUCAUUUAAAGCGCCAGUUUAAAAUUUCGCCAUUCGCCUCUGUAAACAAGCAGCAAGGUUACUUAAUUGUGUUGUUAUAGUUGAAUACGUCCUUAUAAAAAUUCCCCAGAUUACAUGCAGCAAAAGUCUAAUAACAUCAUUAAAAUAGAAAACAGACAAAAAACUUUCUCUCACCAAAAGCCUCAAAUCCAUUUUACACUGUUAUACAAGGAGACGUAUCUGUAUAUGUGUCCCCGGUUUUAAACGAAAAUAAAUUAAUUAUUCAUAUCAUGUUUAAAAGAAUAAUAUUACAGCAAGCGUGGUUUUAAAUGAGCUGUGCAGAGGGACUAAACCCCAACAACAGUUUACAAUGAGGAUUGCAGAUCUCAGAAAACCAAAAUCAAACUAAGAAUAUAUACAAUAGUCUUCAUUUUCUCUCCAAUUUAGAGAUAAAACAAGUGAAAUAGUUUGAAAAUUUCUUGUAACAUUGAUUGUAACAAUUUACAGCAGUUUUGUUCAAUAAGACAGAAAUUUUAAUCGAAACGAAUGUCAAUCAACGUUACAUUACGAUGUUACCCUGUCAAAAUGUUACAAUGUUAAUGUGUAACACUGUAAUAGUGUAAAACUGUAACACUCUAAUACACUGUUUGUACUAAAAUGCCAUAGAGCCGUACAAUAUUACACUGCUACAUUGUUACAGCGUUGUUAUUACAGUGUUACAUCAGUACAGUGUUAUAGUGUUAUGGCAUUAUAGUGUUACACUAUUACACCGUUACAGUUUUACAGGUGUUUUUCUUAAAAUAUUAUGAUUUACAGUUUUUUUUAUGGGAAAUGAUAGUUAUAAUGUUACACUUUUGCAUAAACUAUUACACUGUUACAGUGUUACAUGUAUAGCUUUUACACCUCUGGAAUUUACACUGUUACAGUGUUAUAAUGUAAGAUCCGGUAAAACUGUAACACUCUAAUACAUUGUUCCCACUAUAAAGCAAUAACACGGUAAUAGUGUAAUGGUGUAACACUAACAUUCUAAUACACAGUUCACACUAUUAGUGCGUUACACUGUAACACUGUUACAGUAUUAGAGUAAACCAUUUCAGUGUUACUCUGUUACAGUGAAGUGGCAUCAGAGUGUUACACAAUUAUGCAUUUAUAGUGUUACAGCAUAACAAUUUUAAGCUAUUACAGUGUCAUAGUGUUACAGAGUCAGAAUGUUGCACUUUUACAGUGUUACAUCAUUACAGUGUUAUGGUGCUGUGGUACACAGUUACACUGUUGUAGCAUUACAGUUGUACAAUGUUAAACUAUUGCAGUGAUAUAUAGUUACAUCACUGCACCAUUACAUUACAAUAUUGUACUGUUACAGUGUUGCAGUAUGCGAGCGUUGCAGUAUGACAGGGUUACAGUAUGACUGUUGCAGUAUGCGAGUGUUGCAGUAUGACAGCGUUACAGUAUGACAGUGUUGCAGUAUGACAGUGUUACAGUAUGACAGUGUUACGGUCUGACUGUUGCAGUAUGACAGUGUUAAAGUAUGACAGUGUUACAGUAUGACAGUGUUACAGUAUGACAGUGCUAUAGUAUGACUGUUGCAGUAUGACAGUGUUACAGUAUGACUGUUGCAGUAUGACAGUGUUAAAGUAUGACAGUGUUACAGUAUGACUGUUGCAGUAUGACAGUGUUACAGUAUGACAGUGUUACAGUAUGACAGUGUUACAGUCUGACUGUUGCAGUAUGACAGUGUUACAGUAUGACAGCGUUACAGUAUGACUGUUGCAGUAUGACAGUGUUACAGUAUGACAGUGUUACAGUAUGACAGCGUUACAGUAUGACUGUUGCAGUAUGACAGUGUUAAAGUAUGACAGUGUUACAGUAUGACAGUGUUAUAGUAUGACUGUUGCAGUAUGACAGUGUUACAGUAUAACAUUGUUACAGUAUGACAGGUGUUAUGAUUCUCCCCGUCUCCCUUCCUCGAGUUAAAAAGCAAAGAUUUCCUCAUUGCACUAAGAAACAAACAGAUGAAUAAGAGCUGAACAAUUUGCUUAUUGAAAUUUAAAUUUAUUUCUUUGAUCCUUUUUAGUUGCAACACACAUGCGCACACACACAUUUUUACAUAAUAUACAUAAUAUAAAUAAUAUACAAUCAGUUUUUUUAGAGGUAUUGUGCACACAAGCAUGCACGCUGAUCAAAACCAGAGGGACACUGGGGGUAAAAACAUGUUUAGCAAACUGUUUACACAAUAAAGAUGUUUUUUUUGAUCCGACAAAGUACAAGCUGUGUGUAUUAAUUAUUCAUGUUCAUCAUUAAUUUGACCAAAACCUUGAAAGGACUCAGAGAUUUAGGCUUUAAAUUAAAUUAUUCCAAACACGAUGGAUGUCUGGAAAUCACUCUCUUAGAUUUCUCCUGGAGAUACGAGCCAUAAACAGAAAUUAAACAGUAAACGGUUCUAUAAUAAACAGUUAUAGAAAUUAAGAAGGAACUUAAUGUACAUUUGGAGUUUGUGCAGCACACGUACGCAGGUCAUACACACUCACAAAUAAUGCAGUCGGAUCAUUCAGGGGUAAACCUGGAAUUCUUUUUUCUGAUAGGAAUAAACGUGACACUUAUGCAGAGU